AUGGCGGCUGCUAUGGCAACUAAAGCAGAUUUGCUAACGCUCACCACCACUAUUCAAGAUGCCCUACGAGCAGAGAUGGUGGGGCUCCACAUAGAGGUAGCUGCUCAAGCAGGUCGUUUCCAGACCUUAGAACACACCUCAGAAACACACUCUGCCAGAAUUAAUGCAACGGACACUGCCAUAGCCAGACAGGGGGAACUGAUAACUGAUUCUCCAUAUGCGCAGAAACCUGGAGGACCUUGA